CAAAAAUUUGGUAUUUUUAAUACAUUAAUAACUAGUUCACUAUUUUAAAUAAUUAUAUUUGAACCGAAAAUAUUAAAAGAUGAUUUAUAAAAUUAAUAUAUUAUUGUUUGCAUGUUGCAUUUUUUCCGCUUUUUCUGUUCCGAUUGACAAUAAACAUAAACGAUUGAAAAUUGACGAUUCUCAAAAAGAACCUGAAGAAAAACUAACCAAUGAUGAAGAUAAUGAUGAAGAUAAUUAUGAAGAAUUUUAUGAAGACUAUGAUAAAAUACCACACAAUAUUGAUGAUAUGAUUGAAUUUGAUGAUAAUGGAAUACCGCUAAUCGAUACUUUAAGUGUCGCUAAUAUAAUCAGUACAGAGGUAAAUACACUUUUAUUACAAGAAGUAAAAGAUUGCAUGGUUCCUAUUAAGAAACUUUAUGAAGUAACACGAAUUAUUUUUAACGAAGGUGACGAAAUGACUAAGGAAGAAAAAGAAAUUGGUAAAUAUAAUAGAAUAUCCGUUUAUAAUUGAUUUUUUAAUAGAGUA